AUGGAAAAGUUUAAUCACACUGUUUCUGAGUUCAUCCUAGUGGGCUUCACCCGAGAUCCUGUGAUGCAGUUGGUGCUUUUUGUCCUUUUCCUUGUGGUGUACUUUGUGACAGUGGUGGGGAACAUCACUCUGAUAGUGUUAAUCUAUAUAGACUCCCGGCUGCACACCCCCAUGUAUUUCUUCAUCGGGAACUUGUCUUUUCUGGAUCUCUGGUAUUCCACUGUUUAUGCUCCCAAAAUCAUGGUGACAUGUGUGUCUGAGGACAAGAGCAUCUCUUUUGCUGGGUGUGCAGCUCAGUUCUUCUUCUCAGGUGGGCUAGCUUACAGUGAAUGCUACUUAUUAGCUGCCAUGGCAUACGAUCGUUAUAAGGCUAUCUCCAACCCACUGCUCUAUGCUCAAGUCAUGACUCGAAAGGUCUGUGUAAGUCUUGUAGCAGCUUCGUAUCUUGGAGCUUUUGUUAUCUGUGGCAUCUUUACAUGUGAAACAUUCACCAUGACUUUCUGUGGGGAUAAUGUCAUUGAUGACUUCUUCUGUGACCUACCACCCUUGGUCAAGCUGGCAUGUGAUGUGAAAGCCAGUUACCACAUUUUGCUUUAUUUUGUGUUAGCUUCCAAUGUCCUUACACCAAUAGUGUUUAUCCUGGCCUCUUAUAUUUUCAUCAUUGUUGCCAUCUUGAGGAUUCACUCCACUGAGGGUCAACUCAAAGCCUUCUCUACUUGCUCUUCUCAUUUGAUCUCUGUCACUUUGUACUUUGGCUCCAUUCUCUAUAUUUAUUAUCGUCCCAGUUCUAGCUAUUCCUUGGAGCAGGAUAAAAUUGUCUCCUUAUUUUAUACUGUGGUCUUCCCCAUGUUGAACCCCAUGAUCUAUAGUCUGAGGAACAAAGAUGUGAAAGAAGCCUUGAGGAAACUCUUCAAGAUGUCAGCUUCCUGA